UCCGAACCUCCCAAAGCCUAAUCCACGUGGAUCUGAACGUUGUAUACGUAGAUAAUGGUUGAAAUGAAAACCCUAGCAAGCUCUCUUCCCCAAUUCGAACCAUAACCCCAAAUCUGAAAUUUUGUUGCAAUUCGAACCAUAACCCAGAGUGAUCUCAGAACCCCAGCGAUGUCAUCACGCAGAUUUAACUCAGAUGGAAAUUUUGGAACUCGCAGCAGUUCUUCAAGUUCGAAGAAGAUGAAGGAGAAGAAGCUCGACGGCAAAUGUUUCUGUGGGAUAGAUGUUGUGUUGAUGGAGUCUGGAACGAUUACGAACCCUAACAGAUGGUUCAUCAGAUGUCCUCUAUGGGCGACAAGAGAUUGCAGAUACUUUGUUUGGGUGGAUGAACUCGAACAAGGAUGGGAGGGUGUGGCAAGAUGUUUAGCCAAGAGGAAGUUCGAGCAUUGUUAUGCAACACCUGAUGAUGGAUUGACUCUGAAUUCAGGGGGGAAAAUCUGCAAGCAUCCUCAAUUAUGGCUAAGAAGAUAGACAAAUUUAGGGUUGAAAUUAGGGGUGAAAUUAGGGAAAUUAGAGUGAUGAUUAUUACUGUUGCACUGGGGGUAGCAUUUUGUCUGUUUUGUGAGUUGUAUUUGGUUAUGAAAUCAUAAGACUUGUAAAAAGAGAGGUCUUUGUUCUGUCAUAGUUAAAAUUUUUGAAUGA